UAUUUGGACAAUCGUUGCCGUUAUGGGAACUUAAAAGUUAAGUAACCGGAAGUGAAGAUGGUGAGGCGUGCGUAGCGCGUGAGUCUUUGGCGUGUGCCGUGUGCGGCUUCUUUUCUUUUGCACAAACAAAGCUCUGGAUACAAGGAAAAGUAGUUGUUGUCAAGUUUGAAUUGAAACAUAGAUCAUUAAUUUUAUUGUUAUUAUUUUUGAAUAUGGGAAGUUUAUCGUUGCUUUUGUAGUUGAAGCCUAAGCAGCUAAGCUUUUCAACAACACAACACAACACAACAAGUAUACCAGCUUAGCUUUCCGGCGGCAUCUCCGAGCCCGGUCAGAGAUGCAAAAUUCAUCUGAGGAGUUGGUUACACAUAUUAAGGAAGAUAGUGAGUAUGUUAGGUUGGUUGUUUCCAGUGAAGCAGGCCCAACAUCUGAACCCCAACUACAAACAAGGACUAAAUCUUUCAUCAUCUGGUGGAUCAAAGCCUUUGCUUUCUGCGUUUUUCUUCUUCUCGUCUCUCUUGUCCUCUUAAAAUGGGGACUCCCUUUUCUUUUCGAAAAGGUUCUCUUCCCAAUGAUGCAAUGGGAAGCAACUGCCUUUGGCCGUCCUGUUCUAGCUAUAGUGCUUGUUGCUUCUUUGGCAUUUUUCCCUGUGUUCUUAAUACCUUCGGGUCCUUCAAUGUGGUUGGCUGGUAUGAUUUUCGGUUAUGGUCUUGGGUUUGUUAUAAUUAUGGUUGGAACAACUGUAGGAAUGGUCCUUCCUUAUUUCAUUGGCCUACUGUUCCGUGACCGCAUACAUCAAUGGUUAAAGAGAUGGCCUCAGAAAGCUGCUAUGCUUAGACUCGCUGGGGAAGGAAGCUGGUUCCAUCAAUUCCGAGUAGUUGCUCUCUUUCGAGUUUCUCCUUUUCCAUACACAAUUUUCAACUAUGCAAUUGUGGUUACUAGUAUGAGAUUUUGGCCCUAUUUGUGUGGAUCAAUUGCUGGGAUGGUGCCAGAAGCUUUCAUUUACAUCUAUAGUGGUAGGCUAAUAAGGACAUUAGCAGAUGUGCACUAUGGGAACUAUCACUUGACUACAGUGGAAAUUGUGUACAACAUUAUUUCCUUCAUUCUUGCAGUUGUCACUACUAUUGCUUUUACUGUUUACGCAAAAAGGGCUUUGAAGGAUCUUGAAAGGGGAAAGGCCAACCUCGAAGCACCAUCUGGUUCCAAUAAUGAUGACACUUUUGAGAUGAAUAAGCUUCCCCCUGAAAUAUCCAAGCAUUUGGGUUCCUCAUCUUCUUCAUUACAGUAAGACACCACAGAAUAUUUUGUAUCUGUAAAAAGUUAGGUAUCUGAGGGGAAUUUAAACGCCAGUCUCUGUAAUAUUCUUUUGGUUUUCCUUUUUAAUAGUUUUAUGUUUGCCAUGUAACAGCAGAAAUAGAAUACUAGAAGAAGGAAUCCUUGCCAAUAACUUGCAUGAGAUGUGAGAGAUUUCUAAACACAUUCUCCUAUGUAUAUUGUUUGUUCAGUAAUUGUACCAGUCACCAGAUUCACUUUGGUGACCUCCAGUAGUUAACAAGAA